AUGUACGUGUUUGACCAUGUGGCAUCAGAUCAGCGUGUGUGGUCUGGUCUCUCCUUCUGCUACCAUCACGCCUGCCAUGGUGCAGAAUUGCCCUUUGUCUUCAACUCCGCCCCGGUGGCCAACUUUAGCAUGACGCCCUCUGAACGCCUGCUGUCCAAUCGAGCGCUGUGUUACUGGGGAGGGUGGGCCCACAGCGAGGACCCCUCAAGCCGUUGGGGGCAGACUGGCUUCUGUCGAGAGCAGAGGCUGCCGCCGUGGCCACAAUACUCCCCCCAGAGCGGUUGGCUGGUCAUGAACCUUACUGUAAGCUGGACUAUGGAGCCUCAAGUGUCUGUGUCUCCUCCGUGUCUCCUCCGUGUCUCCUCCGUGUCUCCUGCGUGUCUCACCCGUGUCUCACCCGCGUCCCACCCGUGUCUCCUGCGUGUCUCACCCGCGUCUCCUCCGUGUCUCACCCGUGUCUCCUCCGUGUCUCACCCGUGUCUCCUGCGUGUCUCACCCGCGUCUCACCCGUGUCUCCUGCGUGUCUCACCCGCGUCUCACCCGUGUCUCCUGCGUGUCUCACCCGCGUCUCACCCGUGUCUCCUGCGUGUCUCACCCGCGUCUCACCCGUGUCUCCUGCGUGUCUCACCAGUGGUCUCCUCCGCGUCUCCUCCGUGUCUCACCCGCGUCUCCUCCGUGUCUCACCCGCGUCUCCUCCGUGUCUCCUCCGUGUCUCACCCGCGUCUCCUCCGUGUCUCCUCCGUGUCUCACCUGUGUCUCACCCGCGUCUCCUCCGUGUCUCACCCGUGUCUCCUCCGUGUCUCACCCGUGUCUCCUCCGUGUCUCACCCGCGUCUCCUCCGUGUCUCACCCGUGUCUGGCCCGCGUCUCCUCCGCGUCUCCUCCGCGUCUCACCAGCGUCUCCUCCGUGUCUCACCUGUGUCUCACCCGCGUCUCACCCGUGUCUCCUCCGUGUCUCACCCGCGUCUCCUCCGUGUCUCACCCGUGUCUGGCCCGCGUCUCCUCCGUGUCUCCUCCGUGUCUCACCCGCGUCUCCUCCGCGUCUCACCCGCGUCUCCUCCGUGUCUCACCUGUGUCUCACCCGUGUCUCCUCCGUGUCUCACCCGCGUCUCCUCCGUGUCUCACCCGCGUCUCCUCCGUGUCUCACCCGCGUCUCCUCCGUGUCUCACCUGUGUCUCACCUGUGUCUCACCCGUGUCUCACCCGUGUCUCCUCCGUGUCUCACCCGCGUCUCCUCCGUGUCUCACCCGCGUUCCUCCGUGUCUCGACCGCGUCUCCUCCGCGUCUCACCCGCGUCUCCUCCGCGUCUCCUCCGUGUCUCACCUGUGUCUCACCCGCGUCUCACCCGUGUCUCCUCCGUGUCUCACCUGUGUCUCACCCGCGUCUCACCCGCGUCUCCUCCGUGUCUCACCUGUGUCUCACCCGCGUCUCACCCGUGUCUCCUCCGUGUCUCCUCCGUGUCUCACCUGUGUCUCACCCGCGUCUCCUCCGUGUCUCACCCGCGUCUCCUCCGUGUCUCACCCGCGUCUCCUCCGUGUCUCACCCGUGUCUCCUCCGUGUCUCACCCGCGUCUCCUCCGUGUCUCACCUGUGUCUCACCCGCGUCUCCUCCGUGUCUCACCCGUGUCUCCUCCGUGUCUCCUCCGUGUCUCACCCGCGUCUCCUCCGUGUCUCACCUGUGUCUCACCCGUGUCUCACCCGUGUCUCCUCCGUGUCUCCUCCGUGUCUCACCCGUGUCUCCUCCGUGUCUCACCCGCGUCUCCUCCGUGUCUCACCCGCGUCUCCUCCGUGUCUCACCCGCGUCUCCUCCGUGUCUCACCUGUGUCUCACCCGUGUCUCCUCCGUGUCUCCUCCGUGUCUCACCCGCGUCUCACCUGUGUCUCACCCGUGUCUCCUCCGCGUCUCCUCCGUGUCUCACCCGCGUCUCCUCCGUGUCUCCUCCGUGUCUCACCCGCGUCUCCUCCGUGUCUCACCUGUGUCUCACCCGUGUCUCCUCCGUGUCUCCUCCGUGUCUCACCCGCGUCUCACCUGUGUCUCACCCGUGUCUCCUCCGCGUCUCCUCCGUGUCUCACCCGCGUCUCCUCCGUGUCUCCUCCGUGUCUCACCCGCUUCUCCUCCGUGUCUCACCUGUGUCUCACCCGUGUCUCCUCCGUGUCUCACCCGCGUCUCCUCCGUGUCUCACCCGUGUCUGGCCCGCGUCUCCUCCGUGUCUCACCCGCGUCUCCUCCGCGUGUCACCCGCGUCUCCUCCGUGUCUCACCUGUGUCUCACCCGCGUCUCACCCGUGUCUCCUCCGUGUCUCACCUGUGUCUCACCCGCGUUUCCUCCGUGUCUCACCCCGCGUCUCCUCCGUGUCUCACCCGUGUCUCCUCCGUGUCUCACCCGCGUCUCCUCCGUGUCUCCGUGUCUCACCCGCGUCUCCUCCGUGUCUCACCCGCGUCUCCUCCGUGUCUCACCCGCGUCUCCUCCGUGUCUCACCCGUGUCUUCUCCGUGUCUCACCCGCGUCUCCUCCGUGUCUCACCCGCGUCUCCUCCGUGUCUCACCCGCGUCUCCUCCGUGUCUCACCUGUGUCUCACCCGUGUCUCCUCCGUGUCUCACCCGUGUCUCCUCCGUGUCUCACCCGCGUCUCCUCCGUGUCUCACCCGCGUCUCCUCCGUGUCUCACCCGCGUCUCCUCCGUGUCUCCGUGUCUCACCCGCGUCUCCUCCGUGUCUCACCCGCGUCUCCUCCGUGUCUCACCUGUGUCUCACCCGUGUCUCCUCCGUGUCUCACCCGCGUCUCCUCCGUGUCUCACCCACGUCUCCUCUGUGUCUCACCCGCGUCUCCUCCGUGUCUCACCCGCGUCUCCUCCGUGUCUCACCCGUGUCUCCUCCGUGUCUCACCCGCGUCUCCUCCGUGUCUCACCCGCGUCUCCUCCGUGUCUCACCCGCGUCUCCUCCGUGUCUCACCCGCGUCUCCUCCGUGUCUCACCCGCGUCUCCUCCGUGUCUCACCCGCGUCUCCUCCGUGUCUCACCCGCGUCUCCUCCGUGUCUCACCCGCGUCUCCUCCGUGUCUCACCCGCGUCUCCUCCGUGUCUCACCCGCGUCUCCUCCGUGUCUCACCCGCGUCUCCUCCGUGUCUCACCCGCGUCUCCUCCGUGUCUCACCCGUGUCUCCUCCGUGUCUCACCCGCGUCUCCUCCGUGUCCGUGUCUCACCCGCGUCUCCUCCGUGUCUCACCCGCGUCUCCUCCGUGUCUCACCCGCGUCUCCUCCGUGUCUCGACCGCGUCUCCUCCGCGUCUCACCCGCGUCUCCUCCGUGUCUCACCUGUCGCAACUAA